AUGCCAUACACACACACAUAGACACACACGCAAAUAUUCUCUCUCUCCUCAUCUCUCGAUUCCUCGUCCAUACUUGUCGAGACAGAUCGACAUAUAGACAGAGGUGUCUUUGCCUCCCUUUCACAAAGCCCAUUCAACGACGACGACGACGACGACGAGUAAAUCAUGGCUACUCCGGCCUCUCAGACCACGCCCGUCAACGCCCUUCAAGCCGCUCUGGGACCUGAAGCUUUCAAGGCCUUUGAAGAUUACAUCAUGACCAAGAUAAAGACGGGCAUGGAAAAGGUCAGGAAAACGGCGACGACAUCCUCGGAAAGCGACUAUCUAAAACUUAUCGAGCGCUGUGUCGAACAUAUCUCUGACACGGUCGAACCCGUCUUGCUUCCGAUGCUGGGCAAGUACAGAGUGCUCAUAGUUAGAUGUGAGCUGUACUUGAACAGGGUUGGCAAGGACCUCGGUGUCAAAUGGAAGGAGACGGAGAUGUUCAAGAGAUAUAUCGGGCCGUCCGACCAUUGGCAAGAACACGCAGACGCAAAGCGCAUGAAGAGCAUCCCCGAACAUAUCGAUCUCGAACCUGCCACCUCUGUUAUCACUUCCACUUCGGAGCCUGCUUCUCCUAGUCGUUCUCUUCCGAUGGACGACGCACAAGUUGACCCGCUCUCCGACGAAACAACCGACCCGGACUCAGAGUCUUCCAACAAUACGCCCACAUACAGUUUUUCUGGCCAAGAGCGAUCCGGCAGGUUGAAACUCGAUAUCCAUAUGUCUAGCGUGGUCACGACGGAAGCGACCAAAUCCGACUUUGGCUGCACUGGCUAUACCCCAAAGCAGAUCAUUGCCCUGCUCGUACAGGUCGAGUAUAUCCCGGAAAAGGAACUGCGAGGGACCGGACUGGAAGCUCUUAAUUCCGACCACGGGCGGGAGGAAGUGGGGUCGGUUCAACCGAUCAGCUCGGCGAUCAUCAAGAUCUUACAAGCAGGGAUCAUCAAUGCGGUCUGGAAAUCCGUCGCGGUGUACACCAUGUCCCAAGAUCGAGAUCCAAAACGAGGUACCGCCGCUCAAACCAUUGGCUCUCGAAGUCGACCGAUAUAUAGUAUGUUCUUCCUGAACGGACGGUUCAUGAGGCUGGCCAUCCGAGAUCGGGUCGUGCGUAUCGAAUUCUCGAGCGAUAAAUGCGGAAAUAGAGGGACCGAUAGAAAUGAAGUUCAAGAAGCAGAGACCACUUUGACGUCGACUUCUAAUAAGAGGGGGACCAUGAGCGGUCUUUUAGCACGGAUGAAUAUGAAAGACGGUUGUCGAUCCUUACUUCGGCAUCAUAUCACAACGGAAGAUGGGAUGAAGAGGUUUUGGAAGUGGUGUGGUGCGGCGGUCUGGUCGUUCGUCCCCACAGAAUCAGAACCAGAUUCGGAUUCAGAUCGUGUGAGAUCGACCUCGUCCUCGACCCCGGCCUCGACGGCGGUCCGUUCGCCUAUGCGUACAGGUCGUAAGACGGUACGGGAAGAAGUAAUCGGUUCAGAUCUCGUAGGUACAUCUACACCAACACUUGCGUCCAACGGAGUCAGGAAACGAGGGAGAACGAAGUCGGUUGCCGGCAUGGACAAGGGCGAUAAUGGGAACGAAGAAAGGGACGAAGAUGGGGAUGACGACGGGAGAAGAGGAAAUCGAGGGAAGAGGACCAAGGUGCUUGUUGCGCGUGAACAAGAUGAAUUAGAAGAAGAUGACGACGACGAUUAUCAUGAAGACGAUGACGGUGACGAAGAACAAGGCGGAGCAGAAAAUCCAACAAGCCGAACAAGGGCGGGUGGACAAAAGCAAGACGAAGAGACGUCUUCACGAGAUGUGGAGAUGAAGAGCAAGGCCGGGAUCGGGAUCAAGGUCGACAAGUGGCGCUCUGCGAUAGAAACCAAGACAACAGCAGAAGCUUCUGAGAUUGAAACGCGGGAUACAAAGGAGAACCCCCGACCGCAAUUACUCACACCGUCGGACGACUUGGAAGUCGGAGCCGGGGAUCACGCUAUGGACUCUGAGGAGUACAUGGAAUACGUGGAAUUGCGGGAGAAGAUGCGAAUUCUAGAUGGACUGGGUUGGAGGGUCGAGUAUUGUAGUCCCAGUGAGAUUGAACUGUUCGCAGAUAUGGUGCGCAAAUGAGAUGCGCUUAUGAGGGAUCCGAGUCAGAGGUGGGCAUCCGGUAUGCAAUUUGAGCUUCAUCGUCUUUCAGCUAUUGCCCCCUCAGCAUCGGUGCGAUACGUUGAACCUGAUCACCACUCGUGUAUGCGUUCACUACAUCUGCCGAUCACAAAACGCACCGCCUCUCGAAUGUAGUAGCGAACUCUCUGUCUAUCACCUUGACCACCGCCACCAGUCAACCGUGGAGUCCAGAGACGAGACGAACAUGAUCAUCCUCUUCGGUCAUCGAGCAGCACAGGAACAGGGGUAUUUGAACGGGACGUCCAGGCUGGUUUCGCUCAGCCCCAUGAUGCGCUGUCCAGAAUGAGGGCAUUCAUGGAUGGCC